AUGGAUUUAACCGAGGACAACAUUGCAUUAAGUGAAGAUGAAGAAGAAGAAAUUACGGCUGAUGUAGUGCUAAAAACUCUUCAAAGUGCUUGGCAAAACGAGAGGUUGGCUCCAGAAAUACUACCACAUCGUAAUGAUAUGGUAGAAUGUAUGCUGGGACAAAUACAACACAUGGAGCGCAACAUAAACAAACUUCCCAAAACAGAUCUUCGCGCCACAAUCCACAAAAUGGAAUUAAGCAGGAUAAAGUUUAUAAUAUGCAAUUACCUUAAGACUAGAUUAAGUAAAAUAGAAAAGUACUGUAUACCAAUAUUAAAUGAAGAAAGACAAAGAGUUGAAUCUGGGACCAACUUUCUAACCCCAAUGGAAUACAAGUAUGCUCAAGAAUAUCUAUUAAAUAUGGAAAAUCAUAUGAAGACUGUGGUUCUAGAUAAAAUGCCUGGUAAUAUGCAAAUGUUUGAAACUAAUAAAAUGGCUGUACAUCCGAACAUGCAAAGUCAUGUGUUUUUGAAAGCUAAUGAGACUAUAAAUGGUGUUGUGCUGGAAGACCUGGCCGGCGAGGAUGAGGAGAUAGAUUUAGAAGAGGGAUCACAACAUAUUCUGCAGUACAAACCCAUAGCGGACCUUGUUAAAAAUGGAAAAGUGCAACUUAUUUGA